GGGAGACAGGGAUGACAUGAGUGCGCAAUGAAGGAAAAUGUCGAGAAUUAUAACAUUUAGAGCUCAGACCUAACACAACACAAAAUAGAUGCUCAGCUGAGAUGUGAUGUGACUCUCACUGCUAUUCAUUGAAUUCAAUACUCAAAACUACAGUUUGGCUUAUAUUGUGUGAAAUGUAUGUAAAAAUGACGCACUAAUAGAGUAUACCUUUUAGACAACACUUUUAUCAUAAUGUCAUUACUCGACGGUCAAACAUUUUUCAAAUCUACAGUCAUUUUGAUAGCAAUACUUGCCAUUAAAGUACAACUAUCACAAACAAAGUGUCCCUCAAGAGAUUAUUCGUGGUGUUUACAAAUCGACGGCUACGACAAUGUUAUACUCGACGGCAACAGAUUUCCAGACAUUAAGCCAGUUAUGGGACACAUCAGUAACCUAUUAGAUGGAAACGCUAAAGAAGGCAAAAGGUUUGACCACUUUUUCCUUUAUAACAACCAUGAAGUGAGACGACUGGAGGCCAACUCGUUUGCUGACUUGACGUUUAACAAAAUUAAUAUCAAGAAUUGCACAAAACUGAUCCGUAUUGAUCCCAAUGCUUUUAAUGGCACUCAACAUCUGAUAACAAAAGUGCACAUCGAUUUGAUAUCAAUUAGUGGUCCGAAAAAUAUAGAGGACUUCUUUGAUGCGCUGAAUAAUUUGCCAAAAUUAGAGGAAUUGGAGUUAUUUAACCACAAUAUUAUCAUAAUUCCGUCUUUUGCUUUUCGUCAGCCACUUCUUAACCGACUAGAAUUGGACGGACCACUCGAUACUAUCAAAAACAAUGCUUUCUUUGAUUUGGUCAGUCUUAGGAUUCUUAAGCUUCAUAAGUCUGUUAAACACAUCCCAAAGCAUUCAUUUGAUUUCAAGACUUUUACAAACAAGACGUUAGACAUCUAUUUUGACAUUAAGUUUAAUACUAUUGAAAGCGGGAUUUUCUCACAAGUCUUGAGACCAAUUACGCUGAAUCUGUAUUUAAAGAAAUUGCGUGAUCUCAGUGAAAGUGUCUUUAAACCGAUCCUCUUGUCUGAGAGAAGACAUGACAUCACAUUUCACGGUGAGCUUAAAGAGAUGGCUCAGCCAUGUAUUCUCAAAUGGCUGUUCGAUGAAAAGGCUAGCUUUAAGGGCAGAUUCAGCUUCAAAACGGAUCCUAUGAUUGGACCCAACGAUUUUGUCGACUGUCCCGAAGAUUCAAAUAGUAUUAAUGACUCUCAGGUCAACUCCAGUGUCAAUUCGUUUCAACCAAUUAACUCAAAUCCGUACUCUAAGCUAAUCAAUAGGUAUCUGAUCCUCGCAGUUGGCAUUUCAAUCUUUUUAUUUAACAUCCAAAACCAAUACGUUUAAUGCUCUUAACAUUAAAUUAAUCAACCAAUCAAUCAAUAAUGGGUUUCUUGUUUUUGUUUGUGAAUCAAAUAUAGUCAGACAAAUGUAUACUAAAUUUACUAAAAAAGUAAACCAAAAAUCUAUACUAAAAUGAAACUAAAGUUUGCGUGAUCUUCGUGUAUGUCAUCUUUAGAGCACACAUAGAGCUGUUGUAUAUGUUGUAUACAAGCAGUCUAUCAAAAAUCAUUUGUUAACACAAAUUAUUAUUAGAUGUUUAGCGCAAACAACUCAUC